AUGCCCGAAACCCGUCAUUUUCUCUCCAUCACAGACAUCACCGCCGAAGAAACGCGCCGGCUGAUUGAACGUGCCAUCGAGAUGAAAGCCGCGCCGCCCGGCAGCGUUCAGCCGCUGGCCGGCAAGCGCAUUGCCCUGCUCUUCGAAAAGCCCUCGCUGCGCACCCGCGUGAGCUUCCAGAUGGGUAUCUGGGAGUUGGGCGGUUUCAGCAUGUACCUGGGCCAGGAUGAAGUGGGUUUGGGCCGCCGCGAACCCGUGUCCGAUGUCGCCAGAGUGCUCAGCGGCUACGUGGAUUGCAUCAUCGCCCGCGUCAAUUCGCAUGAUUCGCUGGUUGGCCUCGCCAAGUAUGGCGACGUGCCGGUAAUUAACGCCCUCUCCGAUGUGGAGCAUCCCUGCCAGACCAUGGCCGACCUGCUCACCAUCGCUGAAACCCACGGAUGCACCGAUGGUCUUAACCUUGCCUACAUUGGCGACGGCAACAACGUUGCUCGCAGCCUGUGUUUGGGCGCCACUGCCGUCGGCAUGAAUUUCUCCAUUGCCUCACCUCACGGUUAUCAGCUCGAGGAGUCGGUAUUGGCUACCGCCAGCGACCGUGCGUCUCGCAACGACGGCGGAACCCGGCCUACCGUCCACCCCCUUGUGCGUCCGUGCGACGCUGUGGUCGACGCCAAUGUUGUCUACACCGACGUUUGGGCCAGCAUGGGCGACGAGGCCGAAGCACAGGAACGAUUGCGGGCAUUCCAGGGAUAUACGGUCGAUGAUGCCCUGAUGGCCCAGGCCGCACCUGGAGCGUGCUUCAUGCACGAUAUGCCCGCCCACUACGGAGAGGAGGUGCCCGUCGGUAUGCUGGAGCAUCCUCAAUCCGUUGCCUAUCAACAAGCGCAUAACCGCCUGCACGCUCAGAAAGCGGUGCUGGAGUUCUUGCUCUCCUGA